AUGCCGAGAGUUCAUAAAGCAAAAGGUACUUUAGGUCGUAACCUAAUGAAAGCAAUUGAGCACAAAAACCACUCUUUUUAGCCUAAGACUGUAGAUGUUCCUCGUUUUGUUCAUGCUCAAAACAAUCAAGCCUAGUUAGAAAAAGGAAAGGACUUAAAAUCCUGUAUUGACUAAGAUAAUUUGGAUGAUUUCCUUUAGGUUGUUUAAUUACAAAAUAAAAACUUUGAAGCCUUGCGUGGUAUGAAGCUAAAAACUGACAUGAAUGAUAGAGAAGUUGUUAUUGAUGCUAUCAAAGAUUAAGAAGCUAUUAAUGAUGGUGCCUUUAACAUUGAAAAUAACUAAUAUAUUCAAAAUUUACGUAUUCCAAGAAAGCCUAAGUGGACAAAAGAAAUGACUAAAGAUUAAUUAAAUGCUUUAGAAAAUUAAUCUUUUGUAGAAUGGAGAAAAGCUUUGGCUAAAAUUGAAGAAGCUCAUUAUACAAUUUAGAUUACCCCUUAUGAAAAGAACAUUGAAGUUUGGAAAUAGCUUUGGCGUGUUAUUGAAAGAUCAGACAUCAUUGUAUAAAUUGUGGAUGGCCGUGAUCCUCUCUUUUUUAGAUGUCCUGAUGUCGAAGUUUACUCUAAAGAAGUCAAUGCUGAUAAGCUAAAUUUCUUGCUUGUUAACAAGUCAGAUUUGAUAUCAGAUGAUAUUAGAAAGGAAUGGUCUACCUACUUAAAUGAAUAGAAUGUCUAGCACAUGUUCUUUAGCGCUAAGAUGGAAUAAGAAAAGAUUGAUGCAAAUCAUGCUCAAGAAGUCAAAAAUAAUAUUUUCUUGACUAAGGAUUUAGGCUUAAACGAUGAUGAAGAAGAAGAAAAGAAAAAUCAAGAUAACGAAAAAACUAAAUAAUACUUGAAUACUCCAAAUAUCUGCAACAGAGAAACACUGCUUCGCACAUUGAAAGAAUUAGUUUAAUCAGUAAAGCAAAAGAAGAACCAAAUCAAGCAAAAGAAAGAAUAAGAAUCUGUAGGCAAUGAGCAUCUUGAAGAUCAACUAAUUUUAGAUUAGUUAGAUGAAGCUGAAAAUAUGAAAUUUAACAAAUAAAAAAUGGCUAUAUAAAUUGGUAUGGUCGGAUAUCCUAAUGUUGGUAAAUCUUCAGUUAUUAACACAUUGUGUAACAAAAAACUUGUCGGAGUUGGCUCUCUUCCUGGUAAAACAAAGAAUUUCCAAACUCACUUCUUAGAAUAAGAUUUGAUAUUGUGCGAUUGCCCUGGUCUCGUUUUCCCCAAUGCAGCUUCUACUCGUGCUGAAAUGGUUUGCAACGGUGUCAUGCCUAUUGAUAAACUUAAAGACUAUCUCAGUCCUGUUGAUUUACUCUGCUCUCGUAUUCCUAAAAUAGUUCUUGAAAAGUUAUAUAAAAUAAAAAUUGAUGUUGAAGUUCCUGAUGGUUCUUACUUCCUUUCUAAAUAUGCAAUUGCUAAGGGUUACUACACUGGCAGUGGUGUUCCUGAUAUGGCUAAGUCAUCUAAACUUAUAUUAAAGGAACUUGUUUCUGGAAAGCUUCUUUACUGUAAAUUGCCUCCUACCUGUGAAGAAAACUGCGGUAUCUGGCAAAGUAACUAAAUUGACAUAUAAGUAGGAAAUAUUUUAGGAGAUGUCAAUGAGUAGGAAUAAGAAGAAAAAGCUGAAAAUAUGGAAGCAUUAAUGGUCAACUAAGAAGAAAAAAAACUUGAUUAAAUGCUUUUGAAAUAAGAAGCUUAGAAAAUAGGUGAUAAAAUCUAGUUUGAUGAAGAUGACAUAGUCUUCUUAUUAGCAGGCAAAAAAGUAAAUGGAAUUAAGCUAAAUAAGUAGUAAAAAAGAGAUAUCAAGCACGCAUAUUAAAGAGGUGAAGCUAUUGAUAUGAAAAAAUACCUAGACCAAGACCAAAUAUUAGAAUAUGGAAUCAAAAAUAAAGGUAUGAUCCCUCCUUCAUCCUGA